GUGCCCGCCAUCGCCGGGGCGCAGCGUGUUCCGUGUGCCCCGAGCCCAUCGGCCCUUCCCGAGCCUCUCCCGCUGAGCCGGGCCCGGCCCGCGCCCCGUGCGCCAUGGCCGCGUACAAGCCAGUGGUGGUCCAGGCGUGCCCCAAGCUCGGGGAGAAGAUCACGCAGGACACGCUGUACUGGCGGGGAUACAAGACACCUGUUCAGAUAAAGGAAUUUGGUGCAGUAAAUAAAAUUGACUUCUCCCCAGUCCCGCCAUAUAACUACGCAGUCACCGCAUCCUCGAGGGUAAGGGGCUUUUCCGAGGCUUUUAUGCUCUUGUCUUUCAGCUGGUGUCACGCAGGGAGAUGUAACGCGCUCUUGUUUUCCCAGAUCCACAUCUAUGGCCGUUACUCCCAGGAGCCCAUCAAGACGUUCUCUCGCUUCCGGGACGCCGCCUACUGUGCCACCUACAGGGACGACGGGCGCCUGCUCGCCGCCGGCAGCGAGGACGGCAGCAUCUGCCUCUUCGACGUCAGCGGCAAAGCACCGCUGAGGCAGUUCGAGGGUCAUACCAAACCAGUUCAUCUAGUGGGCUUCCUGUCUGACAAAUACCGAAUAUUUUCUGGUGGUGAUGAUUAUUCAUCAAAUUUGUGGGAUAUUCCAAGUGCCACAGAAAUCAUAUCUUAUAGUGAACAUACUGACUAUGUGAGAUGCGGCUGUGCAAGUAAAGUGAAUGCAGAUGUCUUCAUAACAGGUUCCUAUGAUCACACUGUGAAGCUGUUUGAUGCACGAACAAAGAGUAGUGUCUUGACAAUAGAACAUGGCCAUCCUGUGGAGAGUGUGCUUCUCUUUCCAUCUGGUGGACUUCUAGUAUCUGCAGGAGGUCGAUAUGUCAAAGUUUGGGAUGUACUAAAAGGCGGACAGUUACUUGUUUCACUUAAAAAUCACCAUAAAACUGUAACUUGUUUGUGCCUGAACAGCUCUGGACAAAGGUUAUUGUCAGGAUCCCUGGACAGGCAUGUGAAGAUUUACAGUACUACAUCCUACAAAGUAGUCCACAGCUUCAACUAUGCAACAUCCAUCCUCAGUCUUGCGUUGUCGCCUGAAGAUGAAACCAUAGUUGUGGGCAUGACCAAUGGGGUGCUGAAUGUUAAACACAGAAAACCAGAAGAAAAGAGUGAAAACACUCAAAAGAAGAGACAACCAGCAUAUAGAACCUAUGUGAAAGGAAGAACUUACAUGCCGAAACAGGAAGAUUUCUGUGUCAGCAAACCUGUAAAACGUGUUUUGAGAAAAUACGAUAAGCUGCUGAGGAGUUUUCAAUCUUCCAAGGCUCUUGAUGCAGUACUGGAGCCACCCAUCAUGCUUCAUACUCCUGAAGUCACGGUUGCAGUCAUGCAGGAACUACAUCGCAGAGGAACACUGAGAAGUGCCCUUGCAGGCCGGGACGAGAAGCAAGUUAAUCUCCUGCUUACCUUUGUGGCAAGGCGUGUGAUUGAGCCUAGAUUUACUCCUGUGCUGGUGACAGUUGCUGAUAUGAUCACUGAUAUUUAUCAGCCUGUGGUUGGGCAGUCAGCAAUAGUUGAUAAACAGUUCUUGAAACUUCAGGAAGCCAUUGGAAAAGAAAUUGACUAUCAAGAAGAACUACUAGAAGUUCUGGGAAUGAUGGAUACACUGUUUGCUACUUUUACUAAGAAAAAAGAUACCUGUCUAGAAGAGAACAAAAGUAAUGGUGUUACAGAGAUCAUUGAAACAAAUAUGAAUUUCUGACACCCAUCACAAAAAAUUGUCACAAUUGUGAACUUGAAAGAUGACCUAUUCUCCUGGUAACUUCUUAUACUAGUGACUUUCAAAAUAAGCUUCUCUAUGUUGAAGUUAAGUCUUUUAAACUGUCUUGCUGAAUAGGCUUGAUUACUGAAGACAGAGAAAGAGGACAUUUUCAAGAUUGUCCAUACAAUAUUUUUCAAACAAUUUAGUUUUAAAGUUUUAUUUCAGAGUUACACAACUUCUUAAGGAAGGCCUGAUUUUCAGUAGCAGCAGGGCUGUAGGGGUGGCCUCUGUGAGAAGCUUCCAGAAGCUUUCUUCAUGUUUGGCAGAACCAGUCCGUGGUGGCUCCACAGAUGGAUGUGCCGCUGGCCAAGGCUGGGCCAACUAGAAAUGGUGAUAACAAAGUUAUUGUGCAGUUAUAAUUGCAGCCAGAGAAGAGCAGAGUGAGAAGAUGUGAGAACAACCACCCUGUGGACACCAGGGCCUGUGAAGAAGGAGGGGCAGGAGAUGUUCCAGGUGCCGAGAUUCCCCUGCAGCCCAUGGUGAGACAGCCCUGCCCCUGCAGCCCAUGGAGAUCCAUGGGGAAUGCAGAGAUCCACCUGCAGCCCAUGGAGGACCCCAUGCUGGAGCAGGUGGAUGCCUGAGAGGAGGCUGUGACCCCAUGGGAGACCCACGGAGAGAGGGGCCCUGCUCCCAGGAUGGAGCAGCCUGUCCUUGGAGGACUGCACCCCGUGGAAGUGUGAGCCACGCUGCAGCACUCUGGGGAGGACUGCUGCCCGUGGGAUGGACUCACACUGCAGAAGUUCAUGGAGAUCUGUCUCCCGUGGGAGGGGACCCCACAGUGCAGCAGGGGAAGGACUCCUCUCCCUGAGCAGUGGGAGAAGCCACAGGUCCUGAGCUGACCUUAACCCCUGUUCCCUGCCUCUGUGCCACUGGGGGAGGAGGUGGAGGUGGGAAG